CACAACCGCCCUCAAAAUUCUACUGCCUGCGUCGAGCUGGCCCGCAGUUGUGCUUCUUACUCAGAUGACCUCCGAUUCGUUGUGCAACUCUGCCUCCUGACACAGACACGAGUCGCAGCUCCUCUUGCCGGAGUCAUGCUCUACAUAGUGCUUUCUGUCGAUGCUCCGCAGUCGCACGGCAGCAACAUGUCCAUUUCCAUCCCACGCUGCAGACCCUGAUCUCCUCCAGCGCAGCCCUGUCUCCCGCAGCCGUCGUGGCUUUCAUCUAUCUCAAUCACGCGUCUCAAUCUGGCAUGCUGCAGAAACAGGCAACGCUAAUGCGCCAUCCUCUUGCCGGAGUUCACUAAAAUUAACGAAGCAUCCUGACUCGCCCCAAGAAACAUACAGACCGACUGUGCCUCAUAAACCCGUCUCGUGCUCCUCGAGCCCAGAGGCAUUUCUGACUCCCGCAACAACUCUGCCCACUCCUAUCACCCGGCCAAUGACACCCGUCAGGAAAUCAUUUCCGUCCCGAACCAGCGGAAACCCCCCAAGCAUUGGCGUUUAACUCCGGCUGGUCGGUUCCCCCGCCUGUCUAUAUAGACCCCUCGAGCCUCUUCUUCCAGUCCAGGUACAUGUUGAAAACCAUGUCCAUUUCGUCGCCCUCUCCUGCCAAGGUCAGCCUUCCCCCCC